UCUCCGUACCGUCUCCGUCUGUCAUCAAUCAUGAUAAACAGUGCGCAAGCAGCUAAGGGUUACCAGCAAGCUUCAGCCACGAUGCAAAGAUCUUGGGGCAGAAAGUUAAUUGAAAAUGUUCAACCACGUCUUGGAAAUGUGAUCUUGGAUUUAGGAUGUGGCACUGGAGAACUGUCUGCCCAUUUGGCGGAGCUCGUGGGAAGAGAUGGAAAGGUUGUAGCCGUGGACCCUGACACUGCUCGAGUUAAAUUGGCCCAAAAAACACACGGAGGAAUCAGUAAUCUUGCCAUUCAAGAAGGAAGUGCCUCAAACUUCCCAGGAAUGGGAUCACAGUGUUACGACGUUGUCUUUUCCAACUUUGUGCUUCACUGGAUUCAGGACAAACAUGAGGCCUUCAAGAACUCGUUUCAGAGCCUUAAACCAGGCGGGAAAAUUCUGUUGUCGUACGAAGAUUCAUUGGUUAGCAUGUUUGAGCGCUUUUUUAAAGAACUUGUCCCAGAAAACUGUAACACUAUAUUAAGCAAGUGGCACUUCAUAGAGAAAGCAAAGAUAGAGGAGAUGUGUGCAGCUGUCGGCUUUGAUAUUGUGAAGAGUUACGACGUGAAAAGUGAUGCCUUUGUAUUUGAUAACGAAGAAGAAAUGAUUUCGUUUUUCUGGGCAGAUUCACAUGGCUUGUUUGAUCGCAAGCUAAUAAGAAAAGACAGGCUGGCAAGUUUCUGCACUCGGUACACAAGUGGAGAAAAUUCUUCACCAUUUAAGUUGUUUCCUGGUGAAGGUGAUCACUAUUGUGUGUUGGUUGCGGCAAAACCGGUAUAAAAUAUCUCUGCUUCCUCCUUUGAAGACUGUUGAAUUAGCCAAUUUUUCCAGUGUUCAUGUCACGGAAUUUUAUGCGAACGUAUUUUCAGUAUAUUCUUGUUCUCUUCAAAUUAGGAAAUCGUUAGAGUUCUUUUUAUAGAGCAUGUAGCUGGUUAUCCUCGAAGAUCAUAGCAAAAAAUCAUCGAAACUCGUUUUCGUGUUGCACGGAUUGGGCAGAUAUAAAGGAUAAGUGUUAAUCUUAUUGGAAUGUUGUGAAGAGUCACUUUCCAAGAAUGUAAACAAGAAAUGCUAAUAAUUCAGUUAUCUUAAAUUUCCAUAAUAAUGAUAACGAGCAAUUAUCACGCAAUUACUUGAUGUUAAUAUUAAGACAAAACGAGUUUGUGCCACGCUUGACCACACUAGACAAGAAAGAAGCACAGUGUUCAGAUUCAAGUACAAAUCAGAGAGAACGAUGAACAAUGUGUAAGCGUUUAGUUAACCACCUCCCCCGCACUCCCGAUUCAGUACACAGCACAAGGUGUUUAUCUUCAUGAAAGCUGGUUUAUGUGCUGCAUAUAAAUUGGAAACUGAUGCCUCUUAGCAUAUGCUUCUCAUCAUGAAUGUGGAGGUGAAAUGUUCAGUGAAAUCCGGCCGAAUUGUGGCUCACAAAAACACGCAAGUUUUUUCACAUGACAACUAGUAAACAAACUGCUCAAGGCGAGUUUUACGAAAGAACGACAGCCGAAUUCACCGGAACAUGAAGAUUGCUCGUGAUGACAGAGCCGUAAAACUCGGUUGCAGUGACUGAUGUGGACUUCACCACUCAACGCAUCGGAAAGGACAUCAGAGCAAGCCCUUAGUUGUUCACUCGAAGGGCGGUCGAUGUAAUUUCUGAGGCAUGCUUCACUGGCGAUCUCCGAGCUAGCCACGUUGGACUUCAGUAAUCGCUCCGACACCGUCAUGAUUGUAAGCGCUGUGGCUCAGCAUGUGGUGGGAUUUGGAGCACGACUCAAACAGUUGAAAAAGCCAACGUGGUUUGGUAUUUUCACUCACUUACGCCCCCACAACUAUGGAACGUUGUAAUGUUGGCAUGAAAUCAAGUAACGUACAAUAGACAUGGCAGUGUUUACCACUUUAUCUCCACAACCUCAAACUCUCCAGGAAUGGGGCGGAAACUUCCUACCUGUGAACACUGACGCUUCUAAGCAUAUGUCACACGCCAUGAACUGACUCACCGUCUCCAAUUGAUCAAAACAUUC